CCUGUCUCACUAAACAGUACUUAGUGUAACGGGACUUAGUGUCGCUGCGACGCGUCAUACACUAAGACGGGUCCUACUGACGUCCUGUUGGUUUCUCAGUUUCACUAAACCGUUCUUUACUAAGUCCUGUGUGCGGCGCAUCUUCAACAAUAAAACGUCUGGAUUUUGAUUCUACGAAGCCGAAUUUCGUGACCUUCGACCUUGUGUGAAGAUAUACAAGUAUUUUUUCCCCUUAAGUUUUCGUCUGCAUCGUCUGCAUUGAAAAAGUGAAAGGUCGCUGAAUUUUAUCACUUUAAGUGGUUGUUUGACAUUAUUUCGACUACUAGGAGCAAAAUGGGGAAGGAAACGCCUAGGAAACGUAGCAAGGACUUCCAAAGGGUGGAAAUCGAAGCGCUGCUCCAGUUCGUGGCUACCAGGAAACAUGAACUGUUCGGAACUGGAGGAAAGGGGAGCAGCAAGGAAGAAAAGAUGAAAGAAAGAACCUGGAAAAGAGCAACCCAUUCUCUUAGAGCAGCUGGUGGCCAAGAGAGAGAAUGGCCCUCAUUAAGGAAGAAAUGGCGAGACAUGGCUUCUAAAGCCAAAGCAUAUAAAGCCCCAAGGACAGGUGGUGGACCACCACCAGAGCACAAUGAGAUGCACGAGCGGGUUUUGGCCAUUUUGGCAAGAGAAGCUGUCGAGGGUAUCUUGCCAGAAGAAGAUGAGCAAAAUUCACAGGAUUCACAGGCUACGGAUCUGAGUGGUUAUCAGCCUCCUCAACCACAGCCUCCUCAACCACAGCCUCCUCAGCCACAGCCUCAGCUUCAUCAACCUCAGCCUCAUCAGUUUAAUGACAUGUUGGCACAGAGACCUGCACAGAUCAGGCAAUUAGAAAUUCAGGAGGAGCUGCUGAGAAUACAGCGCGACAAAUUAAAAGUUAAGCAAAAGCAAGUUAAUAUAAGCGAGGCUAUUUUGGAAGAGCUAAGGAGCAUCAAAAAUAUGCUAGCAAUUAAACCCACAGCCAUAGAUCUCCUUAAUUCAACUCAACAAGGGCUCUAUUAAUCCUUUUUUUUCCCCCAUAAUUUUAUUCAAAGUUUUGAGGUGUAUUUUGCAACCUCCCUAAUUAAGUAUUUUCAGCAGCUCCUCCUUAAUUAAAGCCCCUCUAAAGUGUUGGGAGACCAAAUUUCACAAAAAAUGUCAUGGCAAAGUUUUACUUAAAUUGUCUAAUGAUGUGAA